CGUGCUCCCGCUCUGGGCUGCGCUCCUCAUCGGCGCCGCGCAGAACCUCGUCGGAUACGGAUGGGUCUGGCUCGCCGUCACACGACGCGUCGCCGUGCCGCCGCUCUGGGCGAUGUGCAUUCUAAUUUUUAUCGGAAAUAAUGGUGAGACAUACUUCAAUACUGCUGCACUCGUCUCAUGUGUUCAAAACUUCCCCAAGAACCGUGGACCAAUUGUUGGUAUCCUCAAGGGAUUUGCUGGUCUGAGUGGUGCAAUCAUAACACAGAUUUAUGCAAUAAUGCACACGCCUGAUGACGCUGCACUGAUAUUCAUGGUUGCUGUUGGGCCAGCAAUGGUAGUUGUCGCUUUAAUGUUCGUUGUUAGACCAGUUGGGGGUCACAGACAAGUACGGCCGUCUGAUGGUAUAAGUUUCACGUUUGUAUAUAGCGUAUGCUUAGUUUUAGCAGCUUAUCUGAUGGGUGUGAUGCUGCUUGAAGACCUUGUUGGCUUGAGCGAAACAGUUAUGGUUGUGUGUACCAUCAUUCUGAUAGCCCUGUUGCUACUUCCAAUAGUCAUCCCUGUGAUACUCAGCUUCUUUUCAAAUGACGACGAGAGUGCCUAUGCAGCACUGUUACCAUCACCACGAAGAGAAGAAGCAAGUGGUUCAGUACCGUCCGAAGAGCAAAAUGAAGUUAUACUCAGUGAGGUGGAGGAUGUAAAACCAAAAGAUGUUGAUCUACUUCCAGCCUCGGAGAGGCAGAAGAGGAUUGCUGAGUUGCAGACUAGGCUAUUCCAGGCAGCUGCUGUUGGCGCUGUCAGGGUUAAAAGGAGGAGAGGUCCACGACGAGGAGAGGAUUUCACGUUGCUGCAGGCGAUGAUCAAGGCAGAUUUUUGGCUUCUAUUUUUUUCCCUUCUGUUGGGGUCAGGAUCAGGUCUUACUGUGAUUGAUAAUCUUGGGCAAAUGAGCCAGUCACUGGGUUUUGAGGAAAGCCACAUUUUCGUGUCAAUGAUUAGCAUCUGGAACUUCCUUGGACGUGUUGCUGGGGGCUACUUAUCAGAGAUUAUUGUCAAGGAUUACGCAUAUCCAAGGGCAAUUGCCUUAGCGACAGCUCAAGUAUUCAUGGCAAUUGGACACUUCACCUUCGCAAUGGCUUGGCCUGGCACAAUGUACAUUGGCACAUUGCUCAUCGGGCUCGGGUAUGGCGCCCACUGGGCCAUCGUGCCAGCUGCUGCCUCCGAACUCUUUGGCGUGAAGAAUUUCGGAGCAUUGUACAACUUCCUUACUGUCGCAAACCCCGCAGGGUCCCUGGUUUUCUCGGGUAUCAUUGCCAGCGGCAUCUAUGAUUACGAAGCCAAGAAGCAAGCUAGCCAGCACCUGAACUCAAUGGUGGUGACAAUGCCCGGCAGAUUACUUGGAAUGGUCUCAGACGCCACUCCUGCGCUGAAGUGUGAGGGGGCCAUCUGCUUUUUUAUCUCGUCUCUGAUCAUGUCAGGGUUCUGCGUCAUCGCUGUUAUCCUGAGCUUGAUCCUGGUCCACCGGACGAAGAUUGUGUACACCAAUCUGUAUGGUACACCUCGUUGAGGAGCAAAUCAAAGUUAUGGGUAUCGAAGCACAAGGAUGAAGUUUUUUUUUGCGUCGUCCUCCUGCUCACGAACUACACAUAAUUUUAUGGGUCAUGACCACGUCUCCUAGUGGCUACAGACUGAAAGUUCAGUAUGACAGUAUCAUGAAGCAUCGAAGUGUACGGUGUUUUUGUGUGUUCAGUCUGAACUUCUUCAGUUAUUUCUUUGGGUGAGGGGGAAUAAAAUUCUUCAUUGUUUCUAUUUUGGGGGUGAGAUGAACUUCAGUGUUCCGCUGGAACUUUGCAUAUACAUGUGGUCUAUUGUAUGUUUCAUCACGGCUGUUGAAAACUUGAAAUAAAAUAAAUUAUCGGAGCUCUGCAAAUUGGAAA